AAGCCGCUAUCUGAUGUACCUUUAGCCUGAGCUGUUACUGUCCCAGAGGAGGGGAAUAUUUCCCUGUCCACGGGGUCACGCCAGCUGCAGAGACGCAGCGCGCCAGGAGAAACUGCCGCAGCGAAGGUGCCUGGAAAGGGCUGAGCUCAAAACCAAUAAGAGAAGGACUUCCACAGCUUUCCAAGAACAGCAGGGAGCGAGACCUUCCACUGCCAACAUGAAGGAAUCCACUGAAAAUGUCUCUCUGGACGGUGCUGGCUGGAGCCAGGCGGCAUGUGAAGGCUUGCCGACGAAGACCCAGGAUACUAUUUUUUGCUCUGAAGAAGAUAACAGUCUGUAUUUCACAUACAGUGGAAAAUCAAACAUUCUCGAGGUCAAAGAACUUAACUACCAGGUUAACACAGCAUCCCAGAUUCCCUGGUAUGAAAACCUCGCACAGAUGAAAAUGCCAUGGACCUGGAAAUCGGAUCCCCGUUCUCAUGUGUCAAUAAUCCAGAAUCUGAAUUUAAAAGUUCAAAGCGGUCAGAUGCUAGCUAUCAUAGGAAGCACUGCUGGUGGAAAGACAUCUUUGCUUGAUGUGAUAACUUGCCGAGAUCAUGGAGGCAAAAUCAAGUCUGGUCAAAUCAUGAUCAAUAACAAACCCAGCACUCCCCAGCUUGUGAAGAAAUGCAUCGCACACGUGCGGCAGGAUGACCGACUGCUCCCCCACCUGACUGUCAGAGAAACGCUAUUGUUCGUUGCCAAACUGCGGCUUCCAAAGUUUUUUUCAGACUCACAAAGGAAAAAAAGGGUAGAAGACGUUAUAGCAGAACUACGCUUGCGUCAGUGUGCAAACACCAGGGUAGGGAACGAGUACCUCCGCGGUGUUUCAGGAGGCGAGAGGCGGAGAGUGAGCAUCGGUGUGCAGCUGCUCUGGAACCCGGGAAUACUCAUACUUGAUGAACCCACAUCUGGACUGGACAGUUUUACUGCACAUAACCUUGUGAUAACAUUAUCCAGACUGGCCAGAGGAAACAGAUUAGUUCUGCUUUCACUUCAUCAACCCCGGUCAGAUAUCUUCCAACUGUUUGAUUUGGUUCUUCUAAUGACUUCUGGAGUCACUAUCUAUUCUGGAACAGCUAGAGACAUGGUCCAGUAUUUCACAGAACUAGGCUAUCCCUGCCCAAGGUACAGCAAUCCUGCAGAUUUCUAUGUUGAUUUGACCAGUAUCGACAAACAGACUGCAGAAAAGGAGAUGGAAAGCCGAAAAAGAGCAAAUACUCUUGCCAACUUGUUCCUAGAAAAAGUCAAAGAUUUUGAUGAUUUCUUAUGGAAAGUUACUGAAGAGGACAAUGCUGCAACCACGUUGAGCAAGCAAAGGUCCCAUUUAAAUUCAGAAGAUGCUAUCAACAUGCCUCACCAGUCAAGUGAUCAGCUACCAGGAGUCUUAAAGCAGUUCACCAUAUUAUUAAGUCGUCAAGUAUCCAAUGACUUCAGAGAUCUUUCAACGUUAUUAAUCCAUGGAUUUGAGGCCCUUCUCAUGUCAUUAUUAAUCGGAUUUUUGUACUAUGGCCAUGAGAAAACCAGACUCUCUGUUCGUGACACAACUGCACUGUUGUACAUGAUAGGUGCGCUAGUCCCAUUCACAGUGAUUUUGGAUGUUAUUGCCAAAUGUCAUUCGGAAAGAGCUAUGCUUUAUCAUGACUUGGAAGAUGGAAUGUACUCUGUUAGCCCAUACUAUUUUGCUAAGAUUUUGGGGGAGCUCCCAGAGCACUGUGCUUUUGUUAUAAUUUAUGGGGUUCCCAUCUACUGGCUGGCAAACCUCAUUCCCGAACCAGAGCACUUCCUGCUGAACUUCCUCUCGGUGUGGCUGGCUGUAUACAGUGCCCGCGCCAUGGCACUUUGGAUGGCAGCACUGCUGCCGACAUUACAGCUCUCAGCUUUCUUCAGCAACGUCCUUUUCACAUCAUUCUACCUGAGCGGUGGAUUUGUGAUAAGCCUGGAAAACCUCUGGACAGUUCCAUUUUGGGUUUCUAAAAUCUCUUUUCUCAGAUGGAAUUUUCAAGGCAUGAUGCAAAUUCAGUUCACUGACCUCACGUACGAAAUGACUGUUGGAAACACUACAUUUCAAAUACCAGGGAAACUUGUCAUCCAGGCCCUGGACCUGGACUCCCACCCCCUCUACGUCAGCUAUCUCGUCCUCGCGGGCAUCGUUUGCAGUUUCCUGCUCUUAUACUACCUGUCCCUGCGGUUCAUCAAGCAGAAAUCAAACCAAGACUGGUAACGGCGCAGCACGCAGAGGAGGCAGCCCGUCCCAGGCUCGCUCGCAGGCGAAGCGCAGGGCCAGGCUUUGGGUGCCCCCCGCAGCCGCCCGGGGGGAGCCGGUACCCGCCCGGCUCGCCACGGGAUGGCAGCAGAACACCGGCAGUCGGCGGUGCUCCGCGCCGCCGCCCCGCCUGCCGCCCCCGCGGCCGGGGCCUGGCGGGGCCCCGCUGCUUGCUGGGGGUGCUCGACCUGCGGCUUUUCCAGGUGACGAGACGCCCGUGAGUUCCCCGCUCCUCGAAACGUUCUGAGCCGCUCAUGUGAAGGGACCCAUCCGCUUAAGUCAGAGCUGGUGCUUUAGCCCGUAAUGCUUGGACGUACGGGGAUCACCUGCUUAAUUCGGAGGGCGCAGAGAGAAGCGGGAUCCGCACACACAAAACACCACUUUCUGUAGCAUGGAUAACAUUCAGCACUCGUAAGAACAGCACACAGGGGAAAAAACCACAGAUUUCACUGACGCUUCGGGAGAACACGCGAGGAUGGAAAACACAUGUAUUAACGAUUCUGCAUUGUUUCUACUUGUUCAUGUGUUUUAAGGCGCUGCCUCUGUGCUCCGGUGAGAUGCUGUGGAUACCCAAAAUGGGUAUUUUCUUUCUCACUGUACAAAUUAUUUCUUGUAGCAGAUAAUUUUAUUUCACCUUCCUGGAUUUAUUUCUACAGUAUAAAUACAUACCGAUUGACUGUUAUUAAUCACAUCUUUCUCCAUGGCAAUACAAGUCACAGCAAUUUACCAAGUUUGGUUCCUAAAAUUCUCAGGUAGAAAAUACCUGAGAAAAAACCUGCCCCUCCAGUAAUUAAAAAAUCUAGUAGCACAAUCUACGAAAUGCUUGUAAUUCUGACUAGGUGCACACUCAGCCGUAAGUCAGAAAUGCUCAGAAAAUGAAUAACGGUAAAUAAAUGGCUGUAAUUCACACACAGUCACAGUAAGUGCACGUGCAAAUUAGGAUACAGUUGUUGCAAGCAUUUAUAAGAUUAGCUUGCUUGAUUUUAAAUGUUUGGAGGCACAUCUCUGCUUACAUACAGAGACCCAAAGCACAUCGUCUACUUUCAUUUACAUGUUGCACACAGUGGAAAACUCCCAGUGUACUCAGCUAUAAUGCCCCAGGUACUGUUACCUUAAAAAAAAAAAAAAAAAGAAAGAAAAAGAAAAAAAAGAAAGAGGGGGAUUAAGAAAGAACAAACAUCACUAUUUUAUUAUUCUAUUUGGCAGUUAGGGCUGCCACAUUACUUCCCAUGGGUUCCACAUGGUAAUAAAUGCCCAGGAAACCCUACUCCAAAGAUGUUAAGCAGGUCUGAUAAAAUAACAGCUUCAGCCCCAGGCAGCAGUAGGAAUCCAAAACACUCCAAGGUUUUUCUAAGGUGAAUUCUGCCAUUUCUUUCUGGUUCUGCUGCAUUUGAUUAAAAAAAAAAACCAAAACCCAACCAAAAAAAACCAUCAAAAACUUCCCGCUUGAUCUGAUCCUAGUGCCAUUUUGAAAUUAUCAGAUUUUCAUUGCCUUUUAAUGGCAAAGCCAAUUCUUUCAGUCCAAUUCAGCAUCAUUAAAUUGUCAGAAUAGCAGCUUCCUGUUUGAUUCUUAAUUAUUCCUUUUUAUUAUAUUUAAGACACUUAAUUUUUUUGAAGUGGUUUACUCUUCUUUGUAAUGAUCUGUUGUGAUUAGAAUCUCUUUUAUAUUACACUGAAGUUUUAAGGGUAUAUAUUGGUACUUCUAGUCUAAACCUCUAUUUUCAAAGUAUUUAGAGGAUUAAAUUCUAGGCUGACUCUC